UGUGGGUGCCCGCAGUCGUCCAGAAACCUGGAGACCCUUUUUUGCAGGUAAGUAUUAAGACUCACUUGCGAAUGACUCAGUUUGAGAGAGUGUUGUUAGUGGGAAACGAAUGAUUGAGUUCGAGAGAGUGUUGGUCACUAAGUACCACUUCAUGAUGAUCCAAGAAGAUUCUUUCAGAUUUUAAAUCUGAAACAGGUUCAAUUACUCCCGGUCCUCUCAAGUCCAUGUACUGCAACAUCGUCCACGCCGGCGCAAGGAGUGCCACCUUCGGGUGUGCGUGUUAUCGACUUGCGGAAGGAGAGUGUCUAUCUACGUAGCGAUGAGGCUGAGGAGCAUGCCUUUGCCGCGUCCUCCUCUGCAGCAGGUGGUGCAGCGAGAACGCCAGUUAAGGUGAAAAAUCUUGGGUUGCUUUAAUACUUAUUCUGAUUAUCAUCUUUAAUGUUGUAGAGAUGGAUGCAGGUGGCAUAUGCAGCAUAGUCCACGAGCCUGGUACUAUGACUGUCCAUGAUGCGUGGCAAUUAUGACAAUGGCUGGUGAGCGUGAGCACCAUAAGACCGGAAGAUGAUGAGAAGCCGCGACAUCUAUCUCUAAUGCUCGCAGUGCAGGAUCAACAGGAGCAGCGGGUCUCUCACCGCACUUGAUCACAGGUGGAUUGAAUCAAAGAACGCCAGGUCGAAAAGACGGCAAGAGACAACGUAGCAAUUCUUCGAGACGUUCGUCUGCGACUCAGAUGCUAACGCCAUCUGGUGGGCCAAAGGGAAAUACUUCAGGUGUAACAAGAGCUAUGGUGAGUGGUGCGGGUGCAUCCUUAAGCUCGAGUAAGCCUUUGUCUUUGUCAGGAAGUAAGG